AUGGCUGAAGCUGGAAUUCGCAUUGCCAUCGACAGAGGCGGCACUUUCACCGACGCCUGGGCUCAAAUUCCAGGUCAUUCAUCAGACUUGAUCUUCAAAGUUCUCUCUGAGUCCCCAAGUGAAUAUGAAGAUGCCCCGACAGAAUGUAUCCGCCAGAUUUUGGAGACAGCAAGUGGGUCACCUAUACCUCGAGGAACUCUCCUAGAUUUGACUCCCGUGGAGUCCAUUCGAAUGGGCACUACCGUUGCCACGAAUGCACUUCUCGAACGCAAAGGCGAUCGCAUCGCAUUGCUGACCACCAAGGGAUUCCGCGACCUGCUCAAAAUCGGAAACCAAGCGCGACCUAAUAUUUUUGAUUUAUCGGUUCAAAGACUUCGCCAAUUAUACGAAAAGGUCGUCGAAGUUGACGAACGUGUCACUAUUGAAGGGUUUUCAGAAGAUCCUAAUCCAAAGGCAAUCGAUGUUGAUGCCGAUGAGAACUUGUGUUUGGGAUUGACCGGGGAAAUCGUUCGUGUGCUGCGCACUCCAAAUUUGGAUACAGUUCGAAAAGACUUGUUGGUUCUUUGGGACCAAGGAUUCCGCUCUGUCGCUAUUGCGCUCAUGCACUCAUAUACCUACCAAAAACACGAAGUUGCGGUUGCAGAGGUUGCAAGGGAGCUUGGCUUCAAAGUUGCCGUGUCGUAUGAGCUUCAGACUAUGGCAAAGCUAGUUCCUCGAAGUCAGUCGGCUGUUGCGGAUGCCUAUUUGUCUCCUGUGACGGAGAAGUAUUUAGAAGGGUUUAGAAAGGGAUUUGAAGGUGAGCUAAGAGACGAACAUGCGAAGAAAGUCUUUGUAAACCAAUCUGAUGGUGGUUUGACUUCAAUUGCAAAUUUCUCUGGCCUUCGCGGAGUCCUGAGUGGGCCUGCUGGUGGAGUUGUCGGCAUGUCAAGGACAUGUUACGAUGCCGAUGAUGGAACGCCAGUUCUGGCAUUCGAUAUGGGUGGUACAAGUACGGAUGUUGCCCGAUAUGCAGGUGCUUUAGAGCAUAUAUUCGAGAGCACUAUCGCACAGGUUACGAUUCAGACACCACAGCUUGACAUCAACACCGUGGCUGCUGGUGGUGGCUCCAUGCUGUUUUGGGAGAAUGGUCUGUUUAAAGUUGGCCCCCACAGCGCAGGAGCCCACCCAGGUCCAGCAUGCUAUGGGCGAGGUGGUCCACUAACGGUGACCGAUGCCAAUCUGUUUCUGGGCAGGAUCAUUCCAGACUAUUUCCCCCGCCCAUUGGACCUUGAGGUGGUAAAACAGAAAAUGAUUGCUUUAACAGCAGUAAUCAAUUCUGAAAAGGAUGGGUCAUCCCAGCUCACCCCGGAAGAAGUUGCUGUCGGAUUUAUUUCUAUCGCGAACGCAACCAUGACUCGACCUAUUCGAACAUUGAGUGAAGGUCGGGGCUUCGAAACGGCAGCACACAACCUUUGCUGCUUUGGCGGUGCCGGUGGACAACAUGCUGUCGCUAUUGCAAGGGAUCUGGGAAUACAGAGAGCUUUGAUCCCGCGAUAUUCUAGCAUUUUGUCUGCUUAUGGUAUGGCGCUCGCAGAUGUGGUUGUCGAGAACCAAGAGCCGGAGGCAACAUCCUAUGCCAUCGAAAACCUCCCCAGGUUGGAAGCGCGUUUUGAAAGAUUGAAAUCUGCGGGUGUUGCUGGGCUUAUUUCUCAGGGAUUUUCGGAGUCUCAGAUCGCACAUGAAUUGUUUUUGAACAUGCGGUAUCAGGGCAGCGAUACAGCUUUGAUGAUUCCCGAUCCUGGAACUUUCUCAGCCUUCGGUGAUGCAUUUUCUGCGCGUCAUCAACAGCAAUUCGGCUUUACUCAACCAAGAGAAAUUUUGAUUGACGAUGUCCGUGUUAGAAGCACUGGCAAGGGAAUGGAAGUUUCUCUUUCUAGCCCAGUGGCCGAGCUGAAGAAACUCUCUAACUCGCCCCCAGCAACAUCGACAAGCCCAGAGAAAAAUAUCAAAGUUUAUUUUGAGCAGGCUAGCUGGCUGGAGAUUGGACUCUAUUCUCUCAAGGACCUCAGGACCGGCACCCGCAUCGAUGGGCCCGCCAUGGUAAUUGACAAAACACAGACAAUUAUUGUAGAUCCUGCAAGCGCAGCAAUGAUUUUGCCAGAGCACGUCGUGAUAGAAAUCACAGGAACAGCCAAGCCCGAGAUUACAACGAGUGUUGUUGAUCCAGUACAGCUCAGUGUGUUUGGACAUCGUUUCAUGAGCGUGGCCGAGCAAAUGGGUCACACUAUGCAAAAGACGUCCAUUUCCGUGAAUAUCAAAGAGCGGCUUGACUAUUCCUGUGCUGUUUUCUCUGGAGAUGGUAGCUUGGUUGCCAAUGCCCCUCAUAUUCCAGGCCACUUGGGCUCAAUGAGUUAUGCGAUCGCAUACCAGGCACGUCUAUACAAACCUGGUGAAUUGAAGCCCGGUGACGUGCUUUUGAGCAAUCACCCAUGCUCAGGAGGUACCCACCUUCCCGAUCUAACGAUAACAACACCCGUGUUUGACAGCGAUGAAAAUCCAACAAAGAUAUUGUUUUUCGUGGCCAAUCGAGGCCAUCAUGCAGACAUUGGCGGGAUCCAGCCUGGUUCCAUGCCUCCAAACUCGACGGAGUUAUGGCAAGAAGGUGCAGCUGUAGAAUCAUUCAAGAUCGUCAAAGAAGGGGAGUUUGACGAAUCGGGGCUGAUUGAGGUUCUGGUGGACAUUCCAGCAUCUUAUCCUGGGUCAAGUGGUACACGGACACUGAGAGACAAUAUCGCGGACUUGAAGGCUGCAAUUGCCUCCAAUAAUAAGGGGAUUCAAUUGAUCCGAUCUUUAAUCCAGGAAUACACUUGGCCUGUGGUGGAAUUCUACAUGAAAUCCAUCCAGGACAAUGCCAGUCAGUCAACUCGUGAACUACUCAAGGUGAUUGCCCAAAAGUUCGAAGGUCAGCCGCUUCAGGCUGUGGAUUAUAUCGAUGAUGGAACCCCCUUGGCGCUUAAAAUCACCAUCGACCAAAAGAGCGGUGAUGCAGAAUUCGAUUUUACAGGCACCGGGCCAGAACAUUUUGGAAACUUGAAUUGUCCACCCGCAAUCAUGUAUUCGGGCAUCAUGUAUUGUCUCCGAUCGAUGAUAUCCUCCGAUAUCCCUUUGAACCAGGGCUGCCUGCAGCCCAUUAGACUCAUUUGUCCCCCUAACACCCUACUGUCACCGUCUCUCAAAGCCGCAACGGUCGGGUCAAACGUCGAGACCUCUCAACGCAUCGUCGACCUGAUUUUCAAGGCUUUCCGUGCGGCCGCUGCGUCACAGGGGACCUGCAACAACCUGACCUUCGGGUACGGUGGCCGAGACCCAGAAACAGGUGAAGUGAUCAAGGGAUUUGGGUACUAUGAAACCAUCGCUGGCGGAUCCGGAGCCGGUGCCGACUGGGACGGUGAAAGUGGAGUGCAUACCCACAUAACCAACACUCGCAUCUCCGAUCCCGAAAUUUUUGAAAGGCGUUACCCUGUCAUCCUUCACGAGUUCUCAAUCCGAGAAGGCAGCGGUGGAGCCGGACGCCACCGUGGUGGAGAUGGGUGUACCCGUGACAUUGAAUUUCGAUUGCCAAUGCAGGUUUCUAUUCUCUCUGAGAGACGCGUGAUCCCCCCCUAUGGCAUGGCCGGUGGCGAUGACGGUGGACGUGGGGUGAAUUUGUGGCUGAGGAAGUAUCCUGAUGGUACAAGUCGGCUUAUUAGUCUCGGUGGGAAAGCGACGACGCAUAUGAAUGCUGGUGAUCAUAUCAUUGUUCACACACCUGGUGGUGGCGGGUAUGGGAGAGACCCACAAAAGAGAGAAGAGGUGUUUACGGAUGUUUUCAAGAUCCACGAAAAGUUUGUACCAAGCUCUUCUUUACUUCGGUCACAUUGA